CGACUUUUGAAAUCCGCCUCGAACGCUUCGAAAAUUCCCAGCGAGUCGGACGUGUGUGUGGAGCUGCGGCGUACGGUUUCUGUUUCUGUCUGUCUUGGUCUCCUUGGUCUUGGUCUUGCUCUUGGUCUCAUCCCCCGUGCGUGUGUGUGUGUAUAUUUGGAAGUAAGUUACCCCAAGAAAAAAUCGUCGGUGUUGCGGUUUUUCUUUGUCUCCCUGCCAAUUUCGUGUGACCCCCGAAACGAAAGUGCGACUCGCCGUGCGGUAAAGCAACAGCGAUCCAUAUCCAGAUCCAUAUAUAUCAGUUCAACUUAAUCCGCACCCACGACAAACAAAGCACCAUGAGCUGGCAAGAUUAUGUGGACAACCAACUCCUGGCCUCGCAGUGCGUGACCAAGGCGUGCAUCGCCGGCCACGACGGCAACAUUUGGGCGCAGUCCAAUGGCUUUGAGGUGACAAAAGAGGAGCUCUCCAAACUGAUCAGCGGCUUUGACCAGCAGGACGGUCUCACCAGCAACGGCGUGACACUCGCCGGCCAGCGGUACAUUUACCUUUCCGGCACAGACCGCGUGGUGCGCGCCAAGCUCGGCCGGAGCGGAGUGCACUGCAUGAAGACAACACAAGCCGUGAUCGUUUCCAUCUACGAGGAUCCCGUUCAGCCUCAGCAGGCCGCUUCCGUGGUAGAGAAACUUGGAGAUUAUCUGAUUACUUGCGGGUACUAGGAGAAUAGAUCAACACAAACACCCCCAUCAACCACAACAACACACACACACACCAACAACUUCAACUACAACAACAGCAGCAACAAAUUUGAUAAGAGCGAACCGUAAAUGAACUAAUAACACAUAAAAAGUAAUUAUUAAUAUUUAAAUUUAUGGGAAAAGAAAAACCAACGGCCAAGAAAGAAUUUGCGGUUUUUUGUGUGUAGCAGAGGAAAUGGAUCGAGUAAAAAUGCAUAUGCUUGAAAGAAAAAAAAUGUCAAAAAACGCAAAUAAUUACCCAACUACAAAAAAAUUAUAAAUUUCUGCAUUAUUAUAUUUAAAACUUUUUGGUUUAUACGAUAAAAAUAAAAGGAAAACACAAAACUAUAAAACGCCCCAAUCAAUAAUUAAGAAUUCAGUCCUCAGCUUUGAACGAAAUUUACAAAACAAAAAAAUCAUAAAAAAAAGAAUAAAACAAAAAAAAAGAUAAGAACAUGUAUCCGGCAACCUAAAUUGUAAGCGAAAAGAACUGCAAAUGCAACCAAACCAACCAAAAAUCGAAAAAUUAACAGAUUAACAACCGAGAACAACAACGCAAAGCAACGCAGGCAUUUUUUGGAACGAUUUUUUGUAUAGCAAUAUUUACACAACCGAUACAGUUUAUGUAUACUCGUACAUAAAUCCACACGCAGGUUUUAUAUAGAAAGAGUGAGUGAGAGAAGAUUUCGAUUUGACCGGAAAGGAAGGGAUGCGAAGGGAACCGAGAGGAGGAGAAGGGCAGAGAUGGAGAGUAGCAACCAGUAUAAAUAAAUAUCUCUCUUCAUAUAUAUU